AUGCUCGAUAGAGAGACCAAACAAGGUCUAGUACAACUGAAGGAGCAUGUUAACCAAACCCUAAAACAGAUCAAGAAUUUUUUGCCUAGAGAUUCUUUAACUGUUUCAGAAUCAAAUGCUGAAAAUAUAGUCGAGUCCCUCCGAACAGUUCAGACAAUCUCAACAAACCACCAAGAUUUGCCCUCUUUUUUCUUCUUAUUUUGCAUGAAACUCCUUCACUCCAAAUCACUGGCGAAACCAAUUGCUCCCAAACAACAAAAAGGAUCGAGCACUUCAUGUACGCAAAAUGGUUUCUUCAAGAGCACGUGGAUGAGCAACUGGUCCACAAUUGUAAACAGCAAAAGGCUUAUGCCAGCAUUCAAAUGCUCUCUCUCCUUGGGUCUCGCUGUCCUGUUCGGUUUGAUAUAUAGCAAGAAAGAUGGUUAUUGGUCAGGCCUCCCAGUAGCCAUUAGCUUAGCUGCUGCAAGGGAGGCAACAUUCAAAGUUGCUAAUGUUAAAGCACAGGGGACAGUAUUAGGGACUGUAUAUGGAGUAUUUUGCUGCUUUGUGUUUGAAAGAUACUUGCCAAUAAGGUUUAUAUCUCUCCUUCCUUGGUUCGUUGUUUCCAGUUUUCUGAGGCACAGCCAGAUGUAUGGCCAGGCAGGUGGAAUUUCUGCUGAGAUUGGAGCUAUACUAGUAUUGGGCAGGAAAAUUUUUGGCCCACCAAGCGACUUUGCUAUAGCAAGAAUUGUGGAAACCUUUAUUGGAUUAUCUUGUUCAAUUUUGGUAGAUCUUCUCUUGCAACCAACUAGAGCUUCUUCUCUAACUAAAGUUCAACUUUCUAAAUGUUUCGGGACAUUGUCUGCUUGCAUUGACUCAAUAAGCCUUGCAGCCAACAAAAACAACUUGGUAGAGAGCCAGAGGAGACUGAAAUUGGAUGUCAGCGAACUAGCGAAGUUCAUUGGAGAAGCUGAGGUGGAGCCCAACUUCUGGUUUUUGCCUUUUCAUAGUGCUUGCUAUUGCAAGAUCUUGGGGUCUUUGUCAAAGUUGGUGGAUCUCUUGCUGUUUAGUGCUGAUAUAGUGGGACUCCUUGAACAUGAAUCACAUAAAUUUGGAGCUUCCUGGAAGGAGUGCGUAAAUAAGCUAGAUAGUGAUCUUCAACUUUUCAAGGAAAUGGCUGGUUCCUUGGUUAAAUGUUUAGAGGAUGUCACAUUGUUGAAAUCCCUAACAUUUCUUGAAAAGGAACUUGAAAACAAAAACAUUUCUUAUGAUCUUGAAUUGGGAAAAUCUUCAAACAGGAACAUUUUUAAAGUUUCCGGUGUAGAUGAAGAUAAGAUAGAUAACAUCAUCAGUUCUUAUCUCCAACAUUCAAAAGAAAUUGUAGACAAGUUUCGGGCAGCUGAUCAUGAAGGGGAAAGGGAACUGAAGAGCCAGGUGGUCUUAUGCUUGAGUGCUCUAGGUUUUUGCAUGAGCAAUUUAAUAAAAGAGACCGAAGAGAUUGAGAGGGGAAUCCAGGAACUUCUUCAAUGGGAAAACCCUUCAAAACAUAUAAAUUUGUACGAAAUUUCAUGUAAAAUCCGCUCUCUAUACAAUUGA